AUUAUUAUUAUUAUUAUUAUUAUUUAAAAACAACUCUUUUCUUUCUCUCUCUUAAAGCCCACAGCUACCAUCUCCACCACCCUAAUCACAACAUAAACACAAAUAAAAAGAAAAAAUAGAAAAAAAAUAACUCAGCUGUUGCUUUUGCUGCCAAUCGUCCCGUGAGUUGAGUGAUUCACUUGAAGAACCAAAAAAACAAGUUAUAAUUUUUCCGCCACCUUUUUUCUUUUUACUUCCUUAUCCGAUUUUGGGUUCAUAUAGAUCUGAGUAAAAUUGCUGGGUUUUCAUUUUCCAACCCUUUUCUGUUUUCUCUCUCUUAUCCAGCACGUGUGAAACAAUGGAGUCAGAUCUUCAGCAACAGCCGCAGGUAAAUUCUUCAGGUUUGACGCGAUACCGAUCGGCGCCGAGUUCGUAUUUCACCAACAUCAUUGACCGUGAGUUCUACGAGCACAUUUUCAAUCGACCUUCUAGCCCCGAAACAGAGCGAGUUUUCUCACGCUUCAUGAACAGUUUAAGCGGUGAAGGUGCAGCAGAGGAAGCACUCGAUCAAAAACUCUCUACUGAUUCUGCAGUUAAGGAAGAGAUUAACCAGCAGCAGGAACAGGUCAUCAGCGAUGAACACGUGGUUCUCCAGCAGAGUAAUAGUAUUGAUAAUUAUAACUCUGCUUCUCAGACUUUUUAUCAAAGCUCAGCAAGACCACCUUUGCCAAAUCAAAACGCGUUUUCAAUGGAAGUUAAUCGGUUGCCGCAGACGCAGAUGAAGACCGGUGGUGGAAAUCAUUCCAAUCUUAUCAGACAUAGUAGCUCACCAGCAGGACUAUUUUCCCAAAUUAACAUUGAAAAUGGCUAUGAUGUUAUAAGAGGCAUGGGAACUUUAGGGGCUGUUAAUAACUCUAUCGAAGAAGCGAAAUUUUCUACUGCAAAGAGGUUGAAGAAUCCGCAAAACUACUCGUCAGGGCGAAUGUCAUCAAUAGCUGAAAUUGGGGAUAAAGUCAAUAGAGAGAAUAAUCCAGACAGUGAAGCUUUUGCUGAAAGCCACGGUAACGAUUUUAUCACAGGUUUCCAAGUUGGUCCUUGGGAUGAUUCUGCAUUGAUAUCUGACAAUGUUAGUGGUCUAAAAAGAUUUAGAGAAAACGAUGCAAAACCAUUUUCUGGUUUAAAUGCAGCUGAGACUCAGAAUGAAACUGGAGGACAGUCUCCUACUCCUUUGGCCCAUCACUUGAGUUUGCCAAAUACUUCAGCUGAAAUGGCAGCCAUUGAAAAGUUUCUGCAGUUCUCAGAUUCUGUCCCAUGCAAAAUUCGUGCCAAACGGGGCUGUGCCACUCAUCCAAGAAGCAUUGCAGAGAGGGUUAGAAGAACUAAAAUUAGUGAGCGUAUGAGGAAACUACAAGAUCUGGUCCCAAACAUGGACAAGCAAACUAACACAGCAGACAUGUUGGAUUUGGCCGUUGAUUACAUCAAAGAUCUUCAAAAGCAAGUUCAGACACUUUCAGAUUGUCACUCUAAGUGUACGUGUUCAAAAGAGCAGCAACAAUAACGGCAAAGAAGACCAACUUAAUAUAUGUACAUAUUAGCAAUAAUUUGGUCGCAAAGCUAGAAUCUAGAAGAUAAUUAGCGUUUCUAUGUUUCUGCACUUACAAAGAUAAAUUUAUUUGGCCCUUCAUGUAUUAAAAAAAAGGGGAUAAAGAUAAAUUUAUGUAGCUGUAGGGUGCGAGUGUGCCACUUCUUCAACGGUUGCGGAGGUGGGGGAGAAAAAUCGCUUAUAAAAGUUGACUUUUGAUGGUGCAUGAGCAAAGCGUGUGUGUAGAAAGUUGAUGUUGUAACUUGUAAGUUUACGCCAUUGGAGACCCCAUUUUAGGGGAUGGAAAAAUGAGAAAAUUUAUUGGUAUUGCAUUAACGUACGUGUUUGGUUUCACAAUGAAUGGCAUAGGAAACAUGGGGGGGCCGAGACCGACAUGGUUUCGUUGGUUAUACAGUAAAUGUGAGGUUUACCGUUUUCUUUCCUCUAGAUGUGUUCGAUAAAGCCAAUACGGUGGUUGUCAUAUCCAUUUUUGGGGUUUCAUUAUCUCAAGCCAUUUAUGAAUGGUGCAACUUCCUUGUUAUGAGGAUUGAUUUUUGGAUGCUAUCUAUCGCCAAUUUCUAUUCGACUAUUUUAGUUUUCAAGAUUCAU